AUGGCAGCUGGAGCUACCGCAAUAAGUGGAGAUCUGCCUGACUACUCAGGCUAUACGGGUAUCCCAGGAGAAAGCGAUACUACUACUACUUCGACAAUGCCUUAUUCCUAUGAUUCAUCUAUCACAUCCACAUCACUUGAAACCGAUGUAUCUGCCGCAAGCUACUCCUCUGCUAUAGGCGCCAAUAAUGGUCUUAUGGCCGGUACUUCCAUCGAAAAUACAUCUUCUACCUCAGGUAGUGCAUUUGUUCAGCCGACAACGUCACCCAUCCAAAUCGAUUUGCCCAAAUCAGGCGGACUUUCUGCUGGCGCAUCCGCCGGCAUUGGGGUUGGAGUUGCACUAGGCGUGCUUGUGCUUGUGUUGAUAGCCUUUAUCGCCUAUAGGCGUAGACGAAAGCAUCAACAGGCUGAUAACGACAUCCCGGUCAUAUCAGAGCUUGGAAGCCAAGGCCCAAAGCUUGAAUCAUUGUCAGGAGGAUCAAGGUUAGAGAGUCUUGGCGUCGAUGAUAAUAACGUCCGCGUUGUACCGGAACUUGGAAGCGAUGGUCAAAAGAUUGAACUAUCGGCGGGAGGAUCGAGACGAGGAAGAAGUGGCGUCUUUAAAUAUAAAGGCCACAAUGAUGAUGUGCCGGAGUUGGAAUGA